AUGGCCGUGCGCACGACCCCAGAGCUCUUAGGUGCGCUCCAGCACGUGCCCGAGCGCAUUCGAAACAUCUGUAUCCUCGCGCACGUGGAUCACGGCAAGACAACGCUCAGCGACAGUCUCGUAUCCGCCAAUGGUAUCAUCUCAGAGCGCGUCGCUGGCAAGGUGCGAUAUCUGGACAACACGGAGGAAGAGCAAAUUCGCGGUAUCACGAUGAAGUCCAGCGCCAUCUCGUUGGUCUACCAGCAGGAGGCCACGACUGACAGUAACAAGCCUGAAGCGCCGUAUCUUAUAAACCUUGUCGACUCGCCUGGCCAUGUGGAUUUCUCCUUUGACGUGUCCACUGCUGUGAGGCUCUGUGACGGAGCUUUGAUACUUAUUGAUGCAGUUGAAGGGGUCUGUGCUCAGACCCACGCCGUGCUUCGCCAAGCGUGGAAAGAAGGCAUUCGUCCCUGUCUCGUGAUUAACAAGAUGGACCGCCUCAUAUUUGAACUGCAGUUUUCGCCAAUUGAAGCGUACCAGAGACUUAAUCGUAUCUUGGAACAGGCCAAUGCCGUGCUGAGCUCUAUGAUCCGGAUGGACGUGCUGGAGGAAGACGAUAAAGCUAUUGGGAUUCAACAGAGUGAAAAGGUGAGCGCUGACAAGAUGGAAUCAACACUGGAUGACGAGGCUAUAUCAAAAGAGAUGGAGCAGCGAGAGAACGAAGUGCUGUUCUCGCCGUCGAAUGGAAAUGUGAUCUUUGCUAGUGCUAUAGACGGAUGGGCCUUUGGGAUUGGUUACUUUGCUGCCUCUCUAUGCAAAGAUGCUAGGCCUGCCUGUACGUAA